AUGUGGUUCCUCUUGGUACUUCUAUCAGGUUGUUCGGCUUUGAAAUGUUGGCGCUGCGUGGGUCCUGAUUGUGGAAACGUCAAAGGGCCAUCGGCGCAACUCGUUGAGUGCCCAACUGGCUCACAAUGCCAAGUCAAUCAAUUAGAGUUCUACGAUAUGCGCCUCAAUCAGACACGCAUCCAAAUUCCGGUCCGAAGCUGCUCCUACGAAACAGGGUGUGUGGCAAGUCUCGAUGCAUCACACUGUGAGAUGAUUCCGAAUGAAUUUGCAGGAAUGGGAUGUUCUCGCACCAAAUGUUGUGUUGAGGACGGCUGCAACUCUGCUUCAUCACUAACUGCUCUUCUACCCUCUUUAUUUGUGGUGGGCAUUCUCUUCGUGAUUCAUAGUCAAGCC